GCCUUGCCACUGUUGACUACAUGGCAUGUCUUGUCCAGAACAGACCUAUGCAACUGCAGCGUUUUCCGUAAGACAGGAAGGUAAAAAAGGCGUUUGCUGAAUAAACAAAUAUACAUGGAAUGAAUAAUAUUUGGUGAGAAAGCCAUUAAAUCGGACGGCUUUAGGACAGCACCAUUGCGCUGUGAAUAUCCACUGCUUGCUGUAACAUAUGUCUGGUCCUCUAAUAAAUCCUUAGAUGAGUCGCACAUUGCAGCAAUUCGGGCGAAGCUCGCAGACUCGCGGCGCAUCACUGCAUCGUCUGCAAGCAGCCGGCACCUGACAACGCCCCCUCUCCUCUUUUCCACGAAGCACAAAAUUAGGCAUUAAAUUUCCCUCUGAAUGGGGAGAGUCCAUGCACUAACGUUAUAUGCGAAUCGUGUUGAAUGAAAUAAUGGACUGCUAAGUCAAUUAGGAAAAUCAGGCGCGUCUUUAAUACGGAGGCGAAGAAAAGCUGGAUCAAGGGCGCAUCAGCGAAAAACAGAACUGGUUUGGUACACGGACAUCCUCUUCAUCGUCUGGAUUUUGGAAUUUCUCUGGAUGUUCAUCAUAUCGAAUACGUCACAAAACACAAUAAGCACAAUGAACUACAAUGGCUUUAAUUACAUUUCCGUCAUGCAUUCUUACCUGUAUCCAGACUAGUAUUUCAUUUCUGAAUGAAAUGAAACAAGUUUUAUUUCACAAAAAGAACUGCUAAAUACUAGUGAGACCUACCAAAUAAAGUACAGAAUGAACAUUGAUCCCUGUCUUGAAAUCCAGUUAGUUUAUUGACAGUUAGUGAAUUCUCAGCUUAAUGUCAAUUAAAACAUCUCAUUAGUAAAUGCCGGAAGGCAGGAGAACGAGCUGAGUGAGUGUCCAGUUACUGAUUUAUUGACAAUUAGUGAAUUCUCAGACAUUUUCUACUGAUCUUUGGUGUGUUUUUUCUUAAAUUCACCAUGGAUAAAGUGUCAUCUCCACAAACCAAUACUAAGGACAAAAGUCAAAAUGACCAGGAGGAUGUUGCAGUUGCCCCUGAUGACCACCUUAGGAACCUGAAGGCUUUGACAGAGAAGCUGAGGUUGGAGAUACGGAAACCUUCUUAUUUGGAGUGGAGAGCUCAGCUGGAAGCUAAGAGCAUGAAGGGCCUCAAAGGUCAGGAAGAACAGGCUGGGCCCAAGGACAAGAUGCUGUCAUCCUCGAGGUGGCCGAAACGACCGCUCUAUGGCUCUGGAAUCAUACAGGAUGGUAGUCUGGCUUCAGGGGGUCUGAGGGGGUUUGCCAGUAUUGAAGAGGCUCUGACCUGGGUCAAGAAGGAACUGACGGAGAUGCGAGUACAGGACCAGCAGUUGGCCCGGCAGCUGAUGCGCCUGCGCAGCGACAUCAACAAGCUGAAGAUCGAGCAGACGUGCAGCCUCCACCGGAAGAUGCUGAACGACGCCACGUUCGAGCUGGAGGAGCGCGACGAGCUGUCGGACCUGCUCUGCGACUUCCCCGUCAGCACAGGCUUCAGCUUGUCGGCGCCCCUUAAAGUCAUCGGCGUCACGAAAAUGAACAUCAACACCCGUCGCUUUUCUCUCUGCUAGCAUGCUAAAGGGCGGCCCUAGAGCAGUGGUUCUCAAAACAUUUUUGUACCACUUCGGAUCAAGUCAAAGCGACCAAGUACCACUUUGGUCAAACCACUCUCUUAAUCUGAAUACAAUAUGUGUGAGCAUGUGUGAAGUGGACACAUGUCCGGUCCAGAAAGUACAAAUCCAGACCAAGAUUUUGUUUCAACCAACCAGUUGAAUACUCUGUGACUGUGACUCUUUACUCUCAACUGGCUGGUUGAAACAAAAUCCUGGUCUGGAUUUUUUACUCUCUGGACCUGAAAUCCCUACUUCUGGCACCACACACAAGAGAAUUUCAGCGUGAGGGGUGAGCUUGUUUGGUAUGCAUAAGCUUUGAAAUGUCAGGGAUUACAGUGGUAAGAUUUGAGCUUUACUCCGGGCCAGCAUUCAUGUAGCUGUGCUAUUUUGUUUUUUUCAGCGCACACAACAAAGUACCGUGGUCCUCUGGUACACCACCUGGCGGCGCUCUAAGUACCACUGGUGGCAUGCGUACCACAGCCUGAGAACCAGUGCCCUAGAGAAUUGUCCACCAAGCAGUAGACUUCACAGCAUGUUCCUUUAGGUCCACAUGCACUGGAAAAUGCUUAGUAGGUCUGGUCUCCCACCUAGCUUCAUAAGAGACAGCUUGACAUGUGACACAUUGAUUACUCUGGAAAAUUCCAGACCUGUCGGCCCCGCUAGCCCCUCUUUGCCAGCCACUUGGAAAUGAUGAAGUAUGUAGAACAUGCUAUCAGUGUGGUUAUUUCCUAAUGUGAUGUGAGUAAAUGCCUUAAUGCUGUGUGACAAUGAUUGUGUCUGAACUUGUGAUUGUAUCAAAGCGUAGUGGCAGGGUUGAUUUUAGUUGUGUGGCACCUCUAAAUCUGAAAAAUGCUGUUGAAAUUAUGUAGCUUAUAAAUUCAAAGUAUGAUUUCAAUGACAAAUAAUCAAGGCCCUAUUUUAUUAUUAAAUGUAUUGUGCUAUAAUUACUUUUACAAUAUUAGACAAUAGAAGACAUCUGCAUUUCUAUUUGUUAGUGUUUACCAUGUUUUGAAUGUCUUAUUCUUUUAAGUUUUGGGCUUUUAUGUGAUUAAUGAAAUCUUAUAUAAUAUUAAUUAGUAUUAUGAUAUUAUGUACACCGUGAUGUGUAUGUUAUGAAAAGCACAGCAAAGUGUUCCUGGUGUGGAUAAACAUUUCAGUUUGACCUAGUUGUAUUGGUUUUAAUUACAGAAUCUACAGAAUUAGAAUAUCAGCAAUGUCAAGACGAGCUUAUGCAAUAAACAUUUGCAUUGUUUAUUUUUAUUUUGAACUAUUAUCGUGUUUAUCGUCAUUAAAAAAUAAUUUUAGAUGAGUUUUAUGGUUGUAUAAUGAAAAUAUGACAAAAACUGUAUAUUAUUUAUAGUGGGGGUGUGGGGGGUCACCUUCUGGAAUUGAAACAAGUAAUUUAUGUUACAAAUUAAAAGAAAUACAUUGAA